CUCAGUUUGACUGCUGUAGCACCAGGCGCAGCUCGCGAUAGACGAGCACAAUCUGAUGCGAAAAAUACAGACGAGUUUUUAACUGUGUGUAGAUAUCAUCAGCAGGAAUGACGUGGAUGUGAGCGGAUGGUUACGGUGAACUGCAGUCACAGACCAAAGACUCUGUCCUGAAUACACACUCGGGUCAUCUGCACAGAUAUCAUGGCUAAAGAUGGUGGACUGAAGGAAGCCAGUAGUGAGAUAAAGGUGUUUGUCAACCAAAACUUGAGUCCUGGCAAACCCGGUGGUGUGUAUUCCCUCCUGACGUUUCAUCCGGCGUCUGUCGCUGCAGUCAAACAGAUUCUGCCCAAAACGCACUCUGCUACAGGCCAUGGUGUCAUGCCUCAUGUGGUCAUCAGCACUCCUCAAAGGGCCGGCGGCCCUCCCAGUAACCUGUUAACUAGUCCACGCACGCCCACCGCACAUUUCCAGACCCCACAGACCCAGCCGCAGGACUCUUCACCAUGGUCCACUGGGCGCGGCAGAAAGGGCGAUAAGAACGGCAAGGGCCUGAGGCAUUUCUCCAUGAAGGUGUGCGAGAAGGUGCAGAAGAAGGGGGUCACGUCGUAUAAUGAAGUGGCAGAUGAGCUGGUGACAGAAUUCAGUUCGGCAGACGUCGGCAUCUCCCCGAAUGAUGCGCAAGUGUACGAUCAGAAGAACAUCAGGCGGCGAGUUUACGACGCUCUGAACGUUCUGAUGGCCAUGAAUAUCAUCUCCAAAGAUAAGAAAGAGAUCAAAUGGAUCGGGUUCCCCACCAACUCGGCGCAGGAAUGCCGGGAGCUGGAGACGGAGCGUCUGAGACGACUGGAGAGAAUUAAGCAGAAACAGGCUCAGCUGCAGGAGCUUAUACUGCAGCAAAUAGCUUUUAAGAAUUUAGUGCAGAGAAACCGACAACUGGAAGAGAAGAACAACAGACCUCCACCUCCAAACACCAUCAUCCACCUGCCCUUCAUCAUAGUGAACACCAGCAAGAACACCAUCAUCGACUGCAGCAUCUCCAAUGACAAGUUCGAGUAUCUGUUCAAUUUUGACAACUUGUUUGAGAUCCACGAUGAUGUGGAGGUUCUAAAACGAAUGGGUCUGGCGUUCGGCCUGGAGUCGGGUCACUGCACUCAAGAACAGCUGAAGAUCGCCAGGUCUUUUGUGCCUAAAGCCUUGCAGCCAUAUGUGACCGAAAUGGCACAAGGAGCAAUAAACCAGCCGACGGGAGGCCUUUCAUUUGUUGCAGCCGACCGCGCCGCGUCGAGCUCGAACGGAUCUCACAUCAGCAGCUCCAGGGUGGAAACUCCUUCGUCCUUCGUGGAGGAUGAAGAGGAGGAGGAGGAGGACUUUGAUGAGAAUGAUGAUGAAGAUUAGCCAGCCCUGCCUCGGGUGAUGCUCUGGUGCAGGUUUUGACCUCCGGAAGGUUUGUGUAAGCAGCAGCUCUUGCGAUCCUCGAGCUAACUUGAGAAGGAUCGGCAGUGUUUUGAAGGACAAGGUGUCGCUGGGAUGAUAUGCACGUACUGUUUUUCUUUUGUAUGAAAUAUAUUCCUGUCCUGCUGUCAUUGGAUUUCCACAAAUUCUUCCCAUAAUUCUUCCUACUCUGCUGCUGUGUAGCGUCACUUCAGGGCUUUUUCUGAAGAAUGGCGCCUUCUUCGUGAUGAGAAUUGAUGACGUCUAAAUGUUUGCUGUUUGAUAAAGGAGGAUUUUUAAUAUGAGCUGAAUUUUGUAUCUUAUUCUGCUGUGAUUUGUUCUCACAGACAGAUAUUUUUGAUAUACCGGACCCAUGGCAUAUGAGAUGAAGCUCUGUCCUGUUUCAAACUUUAUUCACAGACAAACACUGAGUGCUAGUAAAAUCAACACAAACAAAUGACACAUCUACAGCCUUUUUUGCAACUUGUAACAAAUACUAAAGAAAAUCUACUUUUCUUAUCCAUGUAAAGAAAUUAAACUAAAAGGGUUUCA